UCAAUUCUUCGUCCUUCAACUCCCUGCUAGCAACAUGGACCACCAGGAAGCCAAGUCGCCAAAAGCGCACACAGUCAUCGCUGCUCAGCUGGAGCGCGUGCAGACUGGAGAAAGAGGUCGAGCCAUCACAUAUGCUACAGACGUACGUUCGAGACGUGUCAGCACAGGACGACUGGAAGGAGGCCGCGGAAGUCUCGCUCGAUCACGCUCCCGCGACUCCUCAAUGUCAAUACGCACGGCUCGAAGAAGCGUGGAUCCUAGCCUUGCUUUGCCGCCAGCAUUCAGAACGCUAUCUUUCGGCCUCGAGGAAAGCAAAAGACGAAGCUUCGUUAGAGAUGAGAGGCCAUCGAAAUCAAAAUCGAAGAGCAAGAAGGAGCAAGCGCAGAUCGAAUUUGGAGACGCCGACUACCACCUCACGUCUCCUGAAGACCUCCUCCUUCGCUACGGAUCCUCACGGAACAGUGGUCUAUCUGUCUCUCAGGCAGCACAGCAGCUCAAGACAGUGGGCCGCAAUGUGCCAUCUCCACCGCCAUCGAGAUGGUUCCCAAGACUGAUAGGAUAUCUCUUCGGUGGCUUCGGUGCCAUCCUCUUCAUCGCCGGCAUUCUUGUCUUCAUCGCUUGGAAGCCAUUAGGUGAACCAAGUCCAGCAAUAGCCAACUUGGCUCUUGCGAUUGUCUUGGUAUGCGUAUGGCUGAUUCAAGCUGCCUUCUCGUUCUGGCAAGAUUUCUCGAGUUCCAAAGUCAUGGCUUCGAUUACGCAAAUGCUUCCGGAAGAGUGCAUGAUAAUACGCGAGGGACAAAAUACGAGGGUCGACGGCCGCGAUGUUGUGCCAGGAGACAUUCUGAAGAUCACUAUCGGCAACAAGCUACCGGCAGAUGUGCGAUUUCUGAACUGCUCUUCGGACGUUCGCUUUGAUCGAUCGAUUCUCACCGGAGAGACCGCACCACUUCUCGGAUCCGUUGAAUCUACCGAUGAUAACUACCUGGAAACAGCUUGUAUUGGUCUCGCUGGAACACAUUGUGUUUCUGGCAGUGCCUUGGGUUUGAUUCUGGAGACUGGAGACCGAACGGUAUUCGGACGAAUUGCCAAACUGACGAGCACACCAAAGAGCGGUUUGACACCACUCCAGAAGGAAAUCCUCUAUUUUGUACUUGUCAUCGUCAGUCUCAUGCUCACUAUGGUGAUCAUUGUCAUCGCGGUCUGGGCAGGCUGGCUACGUCAGGAACAUCCAGACUGGAUCAGCGUCGCUCAACUGAUCGUCAGCUGCGUUAGCGUCGCUGUCGCCUUCAUUCCAGAAGGGCUUCCGAUCGCCGUCACUGCGUCGCUUACCAUCACCGCGAACAUCAUGCGCAAGAACAAGAUCCUAUGCAAGAGCUUAAAGACUGUCGAGACUCUAGGCGCUGUCAACGUUAUCUGCUCCGACAAGACCGGAACCUUGACGAAGAAUCUCAUGAAAGUGACGGAUUUCAUGGUGGGCAAAGCCACAAUGACCGCAAACGAUGCUCCAGAUCGAUUCAACAGAUUUGAAGGUCUUCGACAGCUUGCCAACACCUGUGCUGCAUGUAAUGAAGCAGAGUUUGACGCUUCAACGCUGGACAAGGACAUCCAUGAUCGCAAGGUGAAUGGAGAUGCGACCGAUUCUGCCAUCCUUCGCUUCGCAGAGACGAUGCGGCCUGUUUGCGAGCUUCGCGAUGCGUGGCGGUCAGUAUUCAAAGUGGCAUUCAACAGCAAGAACAAGUUCGCAAUCAACGUUGUCAAGGGCGAGACAUCCGAGAAUCCAUUGCUCAUGAUCAAGGGUGCUCCCGAUAUUCUGCUCCCUCGCUGCAAGUCUUACAUUGACGUGGAUGGCUCGGUCAAACAGAUGACAGAGCAAGACACGCGAACACUAGAGAGUAUGAAAGACUUCUGGUCGAGCCAGGGAAAGCGAGUCAUCCUGCUUGCUGAGAAGCCGCUUGACAAUCUGCUAUUCGACCACGUGCAUCAACCAAGAGAAUAUGAGCGAGAUAUCAUGAGCCGCGCGUCAAAUGAUCUCAUCCUGUCUGGCCUGAUAGGAAUUGUUGAUCCUCCUCGUCCUGAAAUCCCAGAGGUUGUCAGCACUCUUCGAGGAGCUGGUAUCCGUGUCUUCAUGGUUACUGGCGAUUUCAAGCUCACUGCCGCCGCGAUCGCCGCCGAAUGUGGCAUUAUAACGCAGACACCUAAAAACAUCGACGACGUGACACACCUGGCUUUCGAUGAAGGCUAUCUGGAAAGCGCUGGCAUUACAGUGGAAAAGUCUCCUGACACUCUUUAUUACAAGACCAAGUCAAUCGUUCUCUCCGGUGCCGACAUCGAGACUCUAGAUGACAGCAUGUGGGACAAGCUAGCAAAAUACGAUGAGAUCGUCUUCGCCCGCACGACGCCAGAGCACAAGCUGAAGAUCGUUCGCGAGUUCCAAGCUCGCGACCUCACAGUGGGCAUGACUGGUGACGGAGUCAACGACGCACCCUCGCUCAAGGAAGCAGACGUCGGCAUCGCUAUGGGAUCUGGAAGCGACAUCGCCAUCGAAGCCGCGGAUAUGGUUCUCCUCGACUCUUUCUCUGCCGUCAUCGAAGCCGUCAAGUAUGGCCGUGUUGUCUACGAUAAUCUGAAGAAGACAAUCUGCUACUUGCUGCCAGCGGGAUCUUUCUCAGAAUUCUGGCCUGUCUUUACCAACCUCUGCUUCGGUCUUCCACAAAUCCUCAGCUCCUUUCUCAUGAUCAUCAUCUGCUGCUUCACUGAUUGCGCUGCUGCUACUGCCCUGGCGUACGAGAAGCCGGAAGCAGAUGUCCUUACUCGACCACCACGCAACGCCAAGAGGGAUCGUCUUGUCAACUCCAAGCUCAUUUUCCAAGCUUAUGGCUUUCUCGGUGUUCUAGAGACUGUGAGCUCGUUCGCAAUGGGUUACUGGUAUGCUCAACGUCAAGGCGUUCCAUUCUCAACCCUCUGGUUCGGUUUCGGCACAGUACCAGAAGGCAUGACCAAAGCACGAUAUUCGGACAUUCUCAACGUCGCUUCGUCAGUCUACUUUGUGAACUUGGUGGUUAUGCAGUGGUUCAAUCUUUUCGCGAUUCGAACUCGUCGCCUUUCUGUGCUCCAGCACAGCAUGAACUGGCUCUUGCUCCCUGCCAUAGCCUUUGCUCUGGUCAUCGCUAUCUUCUUCCUCUACGUUCCAUCGUUUCACAGCCCUCUUCAGACGGCGAUUAUCCCGACUGAGCACUGGUUUCUCCCAAUGGCCUUUGGAACUGGCAUUCUUCUACUUGACGAGGGGAGGAAGUUUUUGGUGAGGAGAUACCCAACAAGUUUGAUUGCCAGAUGCGCAUGGUGAAGUACUAUCGAUACAUGGAAAGAGAGAGGACCAGUGGCCUUGUCUCAAAGCGAGGAUUUGGCGGGACUAGUUGCGUCGAUACAAGAAUUACGGAGAUAGAUUUGAAUUAAGAACUGAGAGUCGUACAUCGAA